AAUAUAAAAUAACAUAAGAAGGGGUUCUAAGUCCUAACACAUCGAUGAAAGUGUGAAACAUUGCACACAUCAAAGUGACGAAGAACAAACCAUGACUUCUUCUUCUUUCACCUUCAUCACACUCCAUCUUUUCCUCCUUCUCACCUUAUUCUCUCACCAUGUUCUAGCGAAACUCGUCAUUUCCGAAGACGGUUACACCAUCACCACCGUACUCGACGGUCACAAGCUUCACAUAAACCCUUUUUCAGUUCUCCAACGACUCACUUCUUACGAUCUCAUCGUCCUUGAUUCUACAAACAGUACUUUCUACACCGUUCAGUUACCCGUUUCUCAAGAAAGUGUUUUCAAGAGGUUUUCUGGAAAUGGGUCACCUGGGUAUGAUGAUGGUGAUGUGGGUUCUGCUCGGUUUGAUAAACCUAGAAGCUUUGCUGUUGAUAUCAGAGGGAAUGUGUAUGUUGCUGAUAGGGUUAACAAGGUCAUAAGGAAAAUCAGCACCAAUGGUGUCACCACAAUUGCUGGAGGGUCUUCAGAAAAGUUAAGCAUCAAAGAUGGACCAGCACAAAAUGCAUCAUUUUCAAAUGAUUUUGAGCUAACUUUCAUUCCUGGCCUUUGUGCUUUACUGGUGUCAGAUCAUAUGCACCAAUUGGUCCAUCAGAUUAAUUUGAAGGAGGAGGAUUGCACCCUUGGAUCUAAAUCUGGGCUUGGUGCAGUUAUGGUUUGGACUCUAGGAUUAGGACUAUCGUGUUUACUAGGCUUAGUAAUCGGCAUUGUGGUCCGCCCUUAUAUCAUCCCUCAUGAACGCACCAGCCGCUGCCAUUUCAACGGGACAUGGAAGCAUUGCCGAACCAGUCUGGGGAAGCUAGUACCGACACUCUACUCCGUCAUCAAAAGCGCAGUUGCUAGCUGCAGUUGCUCCUACAUUUUCACGGUCCCGACAAAACUUUGGAGUCUCAGUCUUUCUCUUAUUCUUCUCAUGUUUAAUAUCAACUUUGUUUCUCCAAGGCCACAUUUGGAGUCUGUGUCUUUGCUAGAUUUAGAUGCUUACAAUAGUGGUGAGAUAACAAAGUCAAGUAAGUAUUUUGACCAAUUGAAGGAUUUGAUGAGUUUUGAUGAAAACCUUUUGGAUUCAACCAAGGAAUCCUUAAACCAAGGAAAGGUUACUAGAGGAAGGAUGGCACUUAAAGAUAGUAACAUUCCUCAUCAAGAAUCAUCUGUAUCUAAUUUCGGUAUUGCAAAGAGGAGAUGAAGUUUGUAUAUGAUGGUACUGUUUUCUGUAAAUAAUAUGCAAAUAUUUUGUCAUCUAAUCAUAUUUUUCAUUACAUUAAUGCUUCUUGAGUACUCCCAUUUGUAUCGCUGACACUUCCGAUUGAAGGCGUGUCUCA